AUGAGCUACAAUCUUACACCCAUAAUUAUAUCAGACAGCGAGUCUGACGGCGAUGAAGUCGGCGAACUGCCCGAUUCCUCGGAUAACGGAACCCCUUCUGGCUGUGAGAGCGACGAAGAUAGCCUUACCUUCCCGCCAGUCGGUCCUCCCCUCGGUAACGAAGAUGAUGAAAGCGACGCGGAGAUGGGUGAUAUAGUGCUAAAUGUUCCCGCUCCCUCCGCUGAUCUAGACGGCGGGCCCGGACUUCCCAGCAAUGAUCAAGUUUCUGACGGAAAUAACCAAGUUUCUGACGAAGAUGUAUUGCGCGUACCCGAGAUUGAGCGCCACGGUUAUACGAUGGACCAUACAGACUUUUCUCCUCCCCUCACUGUAUCAGUCCCCGUUCCUGAGCCCUUCUCAAGGGCGGGUUUGCAGAAUUCGGAACAUUUCAAUGAGUGGCUAGACCAUCUUCGACGCCAGGACGUACCUGAGCCACCGUACGCUGAUCACCUGUCUGAUCUCGACGCCGCCGUUUAUCUCGCGCUCUCGGUCAAUGUGAGACGGGAGGCAGAGAACUUAUUUCUUUUGCGAGAGCUCUUGGCCCUCAAUGAAAGCGAAAUAAUGGAACUCUCUCGGAUUGACUUCGUGGUUGCCCGCGCAAUGACGAAUCCGGUCAUGGAAUCCAUGGCGCGAGCGCAAGGAGUCGAGUUGACGUUCCCAGAGUGGCGACGUCGCCAAGCGACGAUACGUCCCCCCGCAGUAAGCGUGCGCCCCGGCGGCUACAAUAUCGCCCGCCCGCCUCUGAGCGAGAGCGAUACGUGGGGACCUGCAACGUCGGCGGGGUCCUCGUCCUCGACCGGCUUGGCCGUACCCAGGAGCCGCCGAGGUGUAUUCGUCGACCCAUCUGGAGGUCCCGUACGCUUCGGCAGUCCGCCAGCAGUCAAGGACGAGUAUUCUGAGAAUUCAGACCCUGACCAUAACGGACGACCACGACCUUCGACGAGCAGACGCCGCGUUCGCUCAGAAUCUAUUCAGGAACUGCCGCCGAAGAAGAAGCCCCGGGACUAG